UGGCCAAACACCUACGUUUUCACAAAAGCGAUAGGAGAAAUACUUCUAAGACACUCAAAAGAAAAUCUAUCCGUCGUUAUCAUACGUCCGACUGUAAUCACUAGUACUUACAAAGAGCCAUUUCCAGGUUGGGUCCAAGGUUUCAGAACCAUUGAUAGCGUAAUUGCUGCUUAUUGUAAAGGGAAGCUGACAUGUUUGCUUGUGGAUCCUAUGUCAGUAUUUGAUAUGGUUCCUGUUGAUAUGGUGGUAAAUUCAAUAACUGUAGCAAUGGUGGCAAAUGCAAAUAAAUCGUCUAGUAUCAUUUACCAUGUGGGAAGCUCUUUGAGAAAUCCUAUCAAUUUCCUUAAUAUUCACAGUUUUAUCUUCCGAUACUUCACAAAAAAUCCAUGGAUUGACAAGGAUGGAAAGCCUGUCAAGGUUGGCAAGGGUACAAUAUUCAAGACUAUGGCUACUUUUCGCAUGUAUAUGCAA